AUGGUUGCCCCCACUGCAGAAGCCUGGAAAUCCAUCGGCAUCUGCACCUACCGACGUGCGCAUUUUGAGCCAUCCGUCGCACGCAGAGAUAGAAAGCUCCAUGAGGCAUCAAAAUACCUCCAAGAGGCCAACAUGUUGGACAGGGAGCGAUCAGACAUCCUGGCGUGGUUGACGAUUUGUGCAGUUGAGCUCGGUCACACCCAGAUCGCGAAACAGGGAUUCCGUCAGCUAAUGCAAUUUGACGACCGAUUGGACCAAUCAGUCGCGUUGGAACUUGCAGAGAUCUUGCUGCGCUUCAGCAACGAGCAGAAAGCUCCUGAGUGGGGUGGCGAGCGUGGACGGUUGGUACAGGAUGGACGGUAUGCCAAGGAAGCCGCAAUGAUAGCUAAGAUGAUUCUCGGACGUGCGGAGAUUGGUCAAGCUCGACAAAUCUUGUCUUGGUCUCUUGCUCUCGACGGAGAGCAUGCGGCAGCCGCCGGGGAGUUCUGCGCGGCUAUGCCUUUGCUGGUGGUCCAGGAUCCUGGCUCAUUGGAUCAGGCGGCUGAAAUGGCUAGGCACUGUGCUUCCAUGGUUCCAGGGGAUCCGCAGCUGGUGGCAAUGGUGGAAGAGGCCAUCUCAGCAGCCAUUGAACAACAAGCGGCUCAUGGUGAUGCGGCAAGCAGCGCCUUCGAGGGUGUCAGUGAAGAUGGACAGGCUCCACAGCUGGAGUCCGAGAAAACGCCCGCGGCUGAGGAACCGCCAGAUGCCGAGCCGCCAGAGAAUGCCAGCUGA